AUGACCAAAAACUUUGAAUUUUUGAAUCAAACUGCAUUACCUAAACCUACUGAUCCCAUCACUUUUGUACAUCAUUUAUCGCCUGCUCUUAAUGAAAUCCUUUCCCCACAUUACUAUAAUGAUAAUAAAUCACAUACCUUAAGAGUUUUUGUUAAAGAUCAUGCAUCCAACUUUUUAGAAGUAUUUGAAGGAAACUUAGAAGAAAACCCAUUAGGAUCCAAGGAAAUUCUUUCAAAAUUUAAACAUACGUUUAUAAUUAGAAAUCCAGAAAAAUCCGUAAAGUCAUUUUAUGAAGCUAAAAUUCUACAUAACGUAACUGGAGAGAAGGUAGUAUUAGUAGACGCUGGUGAUUUAGUUCGAGAACCAGAGAAAAUUUUGAGAAAAUAUUGUGAGAUGGUCAACAUAGAGUUUAAGAAAGAAAUGCUUGAAUGGAAAAAAGAAAGGUUGAAAAUAUGGAAUUUAAAAUUGUCAGGACCAAAUAUAGAUUAUUUGUGGCAUAAGAAUGCUAUGCAGAGUACAGGAUUUGACAAAGCAAUUAAUAAUGAAGAAGAAAUUGAAUAUUCUCAACAUGUUUAUGACUUAAUU